UCUAGACUGAAUAAAUCCGAUCCAGUCCACAAAACCGGCUAAGCUCGGACCAGACCGAGAUCACCCCAUAAUAGAUCACAUGGUUCAGAACGUUGCCAGACAGCCGCCGGUAAGCACACUCCGUGCCACCGCAACCGUAGUCCUCCGUACACCAAUGGUAGUCAAACCACGAAACGAGACCUGACAAUAUUCUCCAGAUGGGUCUAGGUUUUGGAACUCCACCUUCUGCCGCUGCCGCUGCCGCUGCCGCUGCUGCUGCUGCUUCUUCUUCUGCUGUUUUGGCAUCAUCGUCUUCUACGAGAGCAGCCCCGAAAGGUAAGCUUUCUUCUUUGUUCAGAUACGCACACGAACCCACUACUUCAAAUACCGACUCUUCACAAAAAGAGCCAUGUCCACAUAAACCCAUUUCAAGCCCCAAAAUUGUACAAAGAAACCUACUUUCCGAUGCUCAUGUCCAAAUCCCAGUAGAAAAAUUCUUGAAAACCAUCUCUAAGUCCAGCAACAUCACUCUUAAUGAAGCGUUGCACCUCUUCGAUCACAUGCUUCGGUUGCAACCAGCUCCACCGAUUCCUUCGUUCAAUCAUUUGCUUGGUGCAGUUUCUAGGAAUAAGCAUUAUUCUAGUGUGAUUUCACUUUUCAAAAGAAUGCAGUCAUCUGGGCUGCCUUCUAGUAUUUUUACUCUGAACAUUUUGCUUAAUUGCUUUUGUAAUGUAAAUCGGGUUUGCGACGGUUUUGUUGUUAUGGGGAGUAUUCUGAGGAGGGGUUAUAGUCCCAACACUGUGACUUAUACAUCUUUGAUUAAGGGAUUGUGUAAAGUGGGUAGGGUUGGUGAGGCAGUCGGGUUAUUUCAGAAAAUGGUCAAGUUGGGUUGCGGGCCUAGUGUGAUUACAUGUGGAACUUUGAUUAAUGGGUUGUGUCGAACAGGCAAUACAGGUGUUGCGGUUGGGUUACAUGAAGAAAUGGUCAGUGGUCAAUUUGGUGCUGAGUGUAAGCCUAAUGUGGUUUCCUAUGGUAUGAUUAUUGAUGGGCUUUGUAAGGAUGGGACAAUAGAGAAGGCAAAAGAACUUUUCUGGGAAAUGAAGGGAAAGAGAAUUUUUCCGGAUGUGUUUGUUUAUAACUCUCUAAUACAUGGUUUAUGUUGCAAGGGUAAAUGGGAAGAGGCUAAAAGUUUGUUUAACGACAUGGUGGAUCAAGGCAUCCAACCUAAUGUUGUGACGUUUAAUGUGUUGAUUGAUGCGCUUUGCAAUGAGGGGAAGAUGAAAGAAGCAAAUGGGUUGUUUGAAUUGAUGACUCAAAGAGGUGAGGAUCCUGACAUAUUUACUUACAACACAUUGAUGGAUGGGUUCUGCUUGGUGGGCAGGCUUGUUGAUGCAAGGAAGCUCUUUGAUUCAAUGACUAGAAAAGGACAAAAACCUGAUGUUGUAAGCUACAAUGUACUGAUGAAUGGAUAUUGCAAGAAUUGGAAGAUGGAGGCAGCUAUGAAUUGCUAUAGGGAAAUGAUUCACAAUAAAGUUAUGCCAACACUUGUAACGUUUCGCAUAUUAAUUACUGGUCUAUUUAUGGCAGGUAAGGUUGAGGAUGCACAGAAGCUAUUAGUUGAGAUACAAGUUCAUGAUCCAGUACCAGACUCAUUUGCUUAUAAAAUAAUCUUGGAAUGGCUUUGCAAGAAUGAUCCUUUUCCAAAGGCAAUGGAAUUAUUUAAUAGUUUAGAAGAUUGCAAAGUUGAACCAAGCAUUACAACUUACAACGGCCUCAUUAAUUGGUUGUGUAAAGCAGGGAAAAUUGAAGUUUCCUGGCAGAUAUUUCGUAGAUUAUCUGAUAGAGGCUUGGUGCCAACUCUUGUUACAUAUUCUAUCAUGAUUCAUGGGUUCUGUAGGGUAAAGGACUUGGAAAAGGCAAAUGAUUUGUUUUUAGAAAUGGAAGAAAAGGGUUGUGCUCCAAAUGUAGUCAUAUAUAAUGCACUUAUGCGCGGUUUCUGCGAGAAUAAUGAGUUGCAAAAGGUGCUUGAACUUCUUCACAAAAUGGUGGAGAGAGAAUUGUCACCCGAUGACUCCACAGUCUCCAUAGUACUAGACUUACUUUCUAAGGAUGAAAAGUAUCGUGAAUGUUUGGAUCUGCUACCAACAUUUCCUACCCAAGAGCCACGAGGUUGUAAUGAUGGAUUUUCACUAUGAUUUUUACUUACCAAUUCUAUCUUCAAGGUACCUAGGGGGGACAACUCUUACACUAACAAAAAGUUACAAAAUGUGAAGGCUUGUCACUGCACUGUCCAAAAUCCCAAUUCUAACUCUUCUCAAGCAAAGGGGCUUUAAGGGUUUGGUCUAGUGAAGUUUGUGUUGGGGCUUGUGAAAUUGAUGAUCUUGAGUAGUGAAGUUGCAUUUGGUAAUUGAUUGGGAUGUUUGUUGGACUACCCGGAAAUAAGAAGCUUGCACUAAAAAUGAUUGUAUUGAUCAUCUUCACGCUCCCCUGGUGGUAAAUUGCAGCUGAUAGAAAAAUAUUAUUUUCUGUGAUUUCUCAAGCUGCAAGGAGAUUCACAAUGUUAUUUGGAGGAGCUUCUUCAAGUGCUUCAGAACUUAUUCGGUGGGCCUGUGAAGAAACUAAAGUGUUUGUUGUUUGUUUUAAUAUGUAUGUUAAGUCCAUCUCAGAAACAAGUGGUGGAUUGCCCAAGGUUGUAGAAUCUGUGCAAUUUGCAAUGUUAUUUUGAUCUUUGUUAGGAAGUCAGUCAUUAGUGUUGCGGCCUUUCUUAAUCAAACAUAUUUGUCCUGGUAUGGAAGUGGUUUUACAGAUUCAUAUGGACCACUAUAAGAAAGUUGUUUCUAUCUUUACAGCAACUGAAUCUUGGGUUUUGGAUAGAUAUCUUGUAUCGGGUGUAGUAAAUGAAACUUGUUCUUCUAUCAUUGUUGGGAAACAACCGGAAUAUUGCCUGGCUCACCAGCAGCAGCUGGAAGUUUUUGACACUGUUACAGAGAUGACUUGGAUAAUGGAUGGGCUAUAAAUUCUACUAAUGAAGCAAUAACAAAACUACUGAUGAUCGAAAAAAGCAAUACGCUUUUAAAUGAUGAUUCUGUUGGUGUUGUUGACGAGGAAUUGCGUGAAGACCAAUUUGAGCAUGUGAGUACUCUAAUGAAGAGACAGAUUGUUCAGAUUAUAUAAGAUGCUAGAGUUACUCAGAUUAUUCCAUGAAGUCAUGUCAUGAUGUAGAAGGUAAUAUUGCAUUGGAAACCGAUCUUAAUGAAGAGACAAUGAUAGCAUGAAUACAGAGUUAAACCCUCCUGAAGAGUU